AGGCAUCCUCGCCUCCCCUCCCCCCCUUCGUAGCGCGUCCCGCUUUACCGUGGUUGUGGUGGCAACCCGGCGACCGGUAACUGUCACUGUCGCUGAAUGACCAGCGCUCUGUUGACCGGCGCUCCGGCUGGCCUACGCUUUGUCAAGUCUGCCGCGGCUCUGGCCUCCUCUGCGCCCAAUGCGCCGCCUGGCUGGUCACGGCCCCAGCUGCUGCCGGGGACGGACGAGCGAGCUGCGGCGUUCGGACACUAACUCUGCUGAUCUUUGACUGGUGGGAUGGGCGGUGCGGUGCCGUGUGCUGCCCCGGGGUAGCCGACCGGCCUGGAUCGGUGCGCUAAUGCGAUAAGGCUCCAAGCAAACUCAGUCCCACAGGGCUUGGCUUGAGCGUGUUUCCAUCUCGAGCAAGCUUCAGCCGAAGUUGAGCUGGGUAUAAUCAGCGUAUGUUGAAUAAUUUAACAUGCACGAACAUUUCGAGACGCUUUGGAGUCUAAGUAGUGUUGUGGCAACAAACUGCGUUGUUUUAUGUUUUAAUAGUAAUAAUUAUAACGCUGAGAUUGUUCAGUGCCCGUGCGAUAUAAGGCAUGGUAAUCGUGAAAAGGAAUUAAGAUGACCUUACAAUAAUUGUAUGCGUGAUAUUGGUAUGCGUCGUCUUUUAUAUGCUAACUUUUCGCUUCUUUGAAGAAGGUUCGUGACCAAAAACUCAUUACAAAUGCAUCGCACUGUACCAAUAUCUCGUGUCUUAUUAUUAUAAGGUCAUCUCAUUUCCCUUUGAUGCUUUUAAUUGCGUUGUAAUCGGCAGCACAUGUGAUACAGCGCUGCAGGAAAGGAGUUGCCUUUCAGCUUCUCUCCACCCUUUGAAGGUGACCCGGCUAGCUGGGAGGCCCCAAAGUUUACCAGUUAGCGAGACUUACAGUGCUGACAGUUGUGAGGAGGAUGCUAAAGACCGUCGGGAGAGAGACGCUCGGAUAUGCCCAAAGGAAAGAAUGGCAGCGAGGAGCGCUGAACCAGCUCAAGUUUUGGCGUUGCCGUAUUUGAGCGGUGAUUGACACAUCCGAGGUGCCGUUGGAAUUUGAUGGGCUGGUACUACAUCUGGGUUUAGGUGUUUCUUCGAGAUGCACCAAGUGAGGAUCGGAAAAAGAAGACGUCGUGGUGAACUCCAAAAGCAGUACGGCUUGCUUCAUUUUUUUACGCUUCAUCGCUGUCGUGCAUUUCAUGCCGACGUACUUUCAGCGGUCGAAUUUUAUGAUUUUAAACCAUUAUGAAAUGGUUUCUCUUGUUUGCAACAUGCAGCGCAGAAGAUUCUGUCCCGCGACGGACGCACCUUACCACCUAACAAUCACCCUCGCUGCAGACUGGAAACUGAAAGCGAAAGCAUAUAGUAACAAGCGUCCGGGUGGUAUGCAUUUCACUAUCGUCUGCGUGUCGCCGAAUUCGGGCCCGUUCACAGCGAGACAAAGCCGCCGUAGCGUCUGCAGCACCGCUGCGAACUUUCUCCGCGCGUCCGGUGCGGAAGUGGGCGUCGCCGCGGCGCGAGGAGCCCCUCGGACACUCCACUCGCACUCAUUCAUCGACGCCAUCCCCCGAAAGUGAAACGUUGCCGGACAAAGGUGCCGGCGUCCGACGGCGAUCUUGCGGGGCAGUCCGCCGUUUCGCGUCGGCUAUACAAUCUCCGACGCGAGCCGCGUGUCAGGCAGUGUCUCUCGGGGAGGUGCUGCUGGCUGGUGUGCUCUUCCGGGCAGUUCGGAGCCUCACGGAAACGGAGCCGCCGUCGCAGCCGCGCCUCGGUCUCAUCUGACCGGGUCUUGACGCUGAGAUCGUGACGCCAGACGCGAUGUUGGUCGUCGUGUUGCUGUGCGCGGCGCUGGCGCAGCCCUCGCUGGCUAAGACCGGCUGGCCGUCCGGGCCCGCAGGCUCCAACGUGACCCUGGCCAGGUCGGAGCGCGACCUCAGCUGGCUGACCUCCUGGUUGCCGUGGUCGCGGCGGGGCGCGGCGCAGCAGACGAGCACCGCUGAGCCCGACCGCACGGGCGGGCGCAACGGCAAGUUUCUCAACAUCUUCACCAUCGUGCGCUUCGCCAACGAGGAGUGCCGCGGCUCCAACGGCCUGAACGGCACGUGCGUGUCGCCGGCCGAGUGCCGCCAGCGCGGCGGUCAGGACUCUGGCACCUGCGCCGGCAGCUACGGCGUCUGCUGCACCAUGACGGGCGGCUGCGGCAACUUCACGCGCUACAACAACUCGUACUUCGAGAGCCAGAGCAGCGGCGCGUCGCCCAACUGCCAGUACACGGUGUACCGCGACCCUGGGGCGCCCAUCUGCCAGCUGCGCCUCGACUUCGAGACGUUCAAGCUGGCGCAGCCGGACUCGGUGACGGGCCAGUGCACCACGGACGCCUUCUCCGUGUCGGGCAACGUCAACGCCGUGCCGGUCAUCUGCGGCGAGAACGCCGGCCAGCACAUGUACAUCGACGUUGAUCCGAACUCGGACCGCACCGUGCUGCAGAUCUCGACCUCGCAGAGCGCGCAGGGCACGGCCGUCACGCGCAACUGGAAGAUUCGCGUGCAGCAGAUCGAGUGCAACAGCACGACGCGCGCGCCGUCCGCCUGCCUGCAGUACUUCACGGGCGUCACCGGCACGCUCAAGUCGUUCAAUUUCGACGGCUCGGAGACGGGGCCGCACCUGGCCUCGCAGAACUACGCCGUCUGCAUCCGCGACGAGGCCCUGUACUGCAGCAUCGAGUACGCCGCCUCGACCGUCACCAACGCCUUCCGGCUGGACCAGGCGACGACGUCGCAGAAGGGCUCGCAGUGCACCUUCGACUUCCUCACCAUCGACGGCAUCUCGCAGGAUGGCCUGCUGCAGUCGUCCGGCCAGCAGACCGGCACCCAGAACCAGGCGUUCGACCGCCACUGCGGCGGCGUGUGGGCCGGCACCAACUCGGCGCAGGCCUCCGCGCCCACGCCCGCCAUCACCUACAUGAAGCCGUACAUCGUGCGCGUCCGCUUCGACAACACCGAGUCGACCGGCGAGUCGGACAACCGCGGCUUCUCGCUCAACUUCAUCCAGAAGCCGUGCAGCGUGCUCGGCCGGAGGUAGACGGCACGUAAGGAGCCGCUGGGGAAGGAGUGCGUGUCGGAGGAGGCACGCGGCAUGACUUGGAGAAGAACACUAGACGGUUUGAAGAAGAUGUUCGUGGCGGACCACGGCCGGGGCGCGGCUGCGCAGCACAUUACCCUCAGCUGCCGGGUCAGGUCAUGUCCCAGCGCGGGAGGUGCGGCGAACGUCGGUCUGCUGAGGGUGUUUGUCAUCUUUUGCCGCCACUCGGCCGUGGAUCGGCGGCGUCGCUUCGCUGCAGCGCCGCGCCCUCUUGACAUGUAGGUUAGAACCCGUGUUGUGGCAUAUUCAAACUACGCCGUCUAAGAGUAAAUUUAUUUAAAUGAUAUUUAUAGUCUUCCAACAGUGUAGUUAUACAGAUUCAGAAUUUUGAUAGAUAAGCAGCAGUGAUAAACUAAUACCGUCAAGUUAAUUGUUUUUUCAAGGAUCGCGAGGCGACCACGCACCCGAUGUGCCCCUGACCUCAAAUGACAUCGAAGGCAACUGUGUAAAGACGCGGCGUGGACCAGGACAACUGUCUGAAUGGCGCCGUGGAAACUAUUUGUCCGUAUUGAGAAAGGCUUAAGUGACAAACUUUUGGCGGCUAUAGAUACUGUGAAACGAAAAUAGAUCUAACUGAAUAGGUCAUUGCAUACCGCGGCAUGGAGGACGGGAAUUUAUCUUGUUUGUGGUAACAGAUAAAUGGUUCAAAACAAUGUUUUAUUUGUAUAUGCACAUUCAUAUCAUUUCUGUGUCUGCCUUUUUGUGUGUUGAUACAUUGGCGGUCCUUAUUUUAUACUGCGCAGCGUGAUGUUUAUAAGUCGUCCAUUUAGAGUAUGGAGAUUCAGGCUGGCUUGUUCAUCAUUUGGGUGUCUGGGUGCGUGGGUUGUGUUUCAGAAGUGUAUUCAAUGCGCGCUGUAAAUGCAACUUGACAUGACUGCAUCCAUAAACUGUUGCCGGGAUCGAACAAGCAGUUGUACGUCAUUGGUGUCGUACAUUAAUAUAUGGAAACAAUAAU